GUGUAUUAUUCCUAGUCUUUGACGUGUUCUUACUUCCCUGCACCUUCUUUUGAGAACCGACACCACUGUCCUUUCGUUUUUUGUCCAACUCUUUGUUUUUUCCAGGUGGUACUCAUUCUUCAAGCUCGCUCAUUGUCGGUAUUAUUGUUUAUUCAAAAUGUCUUUCUUUGGUAAUGAUUUAGCUGCUCCACAAUCUCAACAGCUAAAUGUUGUUCCUGAAGCUGCUCCUUUGCCAUCACAAGUUCCUGAAUCUUCAAAUGAAUUGAACCAACAAGCAAGUCUCUCCGAGGAAUCAUCAUCAUCAUCAAAACGUCAAAUUGAAAGUCAUCCAUUCGUUAACCAAUUUAGUGAAGUUGAGAAGGCCAUUUCCAACUUUACAAAGCAUCAACCUUUCAACCAUCAUUACGCUCCAAAUGUCCAUCCAAACAGAGGUCACAAUAACCAUUAUAACAAUAAUAGAUAUAAUAACAACAACAAUAACAAUAACAACAAUGGUCGUUUCCAUCAUCACAACCAACAACAACAAUUACCAAUUGUUCAACGCCAACAACAACAAGCUCCACAGCAACAAAUUCCAAAUCAACAACAACAAUUUUUCAAUGGUAACAAUAAUGCUGGUUUACAAAAUCGUUUCCAAAAAUUACCAUCAAGUGCUUCACAACCUCAACAACAACAACAACCAUUGAUGCAACAACAAUAUCAAUUACAACAACAACAAUUGCAACAGUUGCAACAACAACAGCAACAAAUCCAAUUGCAACAACAGCAAUUACAACAGCAACAACAAAUUCAACAAACCGUUGUUCAACCACAACAACAACAACAAUUUUUAAACAAUGAUUUAAAAUUUGAUAUUUUCCAACAACCUCAAGAUCUUUCAUUACCAUUAAGAAAGACAGCAUCACCAACUUUCAACGGUGUACCAAUGAGACCGAAUUCUGUUAAUUCAUUUGCCCCAUUAGAACAAAUCAACACGGGGUCUUCAUUUGGGUUGGGUGGUUCAGAUUUAAUUUCAACACCGGUUUCAAAUCCAAUUAUUAACGGUGGGAAUGUGGAUAAGAAUAUAUCAUUGGAUGAUUCAACUACUAAUGCGUAUCUUGGUGAUCUUUGGGGGAAUUCCAAAAAUUUGAGAAGUUCAACUUCUGUUUGGGCUUGAUUUGUGUGUGUUUUUUUUUGUACAAUCAUAAGGUUAUAUUUUUUUUAAAAUUGAUUUAAAGGGGUGAGGUUCAGUGCAUAUAUGUAUUUAAAGAGCUAUUUUUGGGAGAAGUUUUUUGGCUUUUGUUUUCUGUGUUGAUAUUCCAGAGGAAAAGGUGGGAAAAGAGAAAUGUUUUAUGAUAUUGAUGCAUUUUUUUAAGAGUUGUGUG